AUGAAUACAACAAAGCAAGAAAAAUCAGAUGACACAUCACCAAUGCUGAAAUGGAAGAAAGUUGUAAAUACAACGGGUCCUACUCCACGACCACGUCAUGGGCAUCGGGCGGUUUCGAUCAAAGAUCUAAUGAUAGUUUUUGGUGGAGGCAAUGAAGGUAUCGUCGACGAGCUACACGUCUAUAAUACAGGUGAUGUGCCACCAGGAUGUGCAGCAUAUGGCAUUGUUUGUGAUGGUACUAAAAUUUAUCUCUUUGGCGGUAUGGUUGAAUAUGGAAGAUAUUCCGCAGAUCUUUAUGAACUUCAAGCCAGUAAAUGGCAAUGGAUACGCUUGCAGCCACAACCACCGAAAACUGGCCAACCUGCUCCUUGUGCUCGUUUGGGUCACUCUUUUACGCUUGCUUCGAAUCAGGUUUGUUACGUGUUUGGUGGUUUGGCUAACGCUAGUGAGGAUCCGAAAAAUAAUAUUCCACGCUACCUGAAUGAUUUGUAUGUUUUGGAUCUCAAAAAAGCAAAUAGUGGUCUGCAGUGGGAAUUUCCCGAUACUUAUGGGUCUCCUCCGCCUCCACGCGAGUCACAUUCUGCAGUUAUAGUGGAAAAAAAUGGUGAACAUCGACGAAUGAUAAUCUUUGGUGGGAUGAAUGGCUGUCGUCUUGGUGAUUUAUGGAUUUUAGAUCUUGUUUCAAUGACGUGGACGAAGCCUGAAAUUGGUGGAGUUCCUCCACUACCACGUUCGCUUCAUUCUGCUAAUAUCAUUGCUGAAAGAAUGAUAAUGUUCGGCGGAUGGGUGCCUCUCUUGACGCCCGAUAUGAAACUACAGCAAAUCGAAAGAGAGUGGAAGUGCACAAACACACUCGCUUCAUUGAAUCUACAAACAAUGUGCUGGGAAGAUCUGUCGUUAGAACUCCUUGAAUCUGCAGUACCCAGAGCCCGAGCAGGACACAGUGCAGUUGUUAUUAAUAAACGUUUGUAUGUGUGGUCCGGAAGAGAUGGAUAUCGUAAAGCUUGGAACAAUCAGGUCUGUUGUAAAGACAUGUGGUAUCUGGAAACGGACAAACCGGAUGCACCGGGGCGUGUACAACUUAUUCGUGCAACAAUGUCAGGUUUGGAAGUAUGUUGGAAUGCAGUACCUACAGCUGAAGCGUACUUUUUGCAAUUACGUAAAUUUGAAGCGAAACCUGAUGAUAUUAUCAAAUCAGCAGCUGGUCUUCGUGUGACUUCGACAGAAAAACCGUUGGCAGGGAAAGUGAUCGCGUUUCGAAGUACUGCGGGUAGUGGAGCGCAGGUUAUGAAAGUGGUCAAAGGUACACCUCGCGGCUCAGGUACUAUUGUGGCUCACGGUCCUCGCGGACAUUUUCUUCGCGUUUUACCUUCACCAAGAUUCAGCACUUCAAAUCAGGCGACCAUUGUCAAACAUCCAGCUGCAAAAGCGAUUCUAGUGACUAAGGCACCUGGAGCUGGCCAUAAUGCACCACAUAAAUUAUUAUUCCUACAGCAAGCGAAUUGUCCCACUGUAUCUGCCUCAAAUGUUAGUGCUGGAGACAGCCCGCAACUGGCAGUUGUUGAAUCUGUGUCAUCACACGUUGUUCAGGCUGGAAACAGCAGUACAGAACCGACGGCAAUAGCUACAGAACAUACACCAUCGAUUUCCACACAAGGAACAACAUAUACCACUCCAGUGAUGCCAAAUGUUGAUGUCGGCUUACCACAAAAUCUUUUGGAUGAAAUAGCACCGGAUAGUGAAACUGGCAUUGUUCAAAAUAUUGAUGCAAUUGAUCAGUGUGUGAAGCAACUUAAUACUACUGCUAGUGCUUAUCGUUCAUCUGGAUCUGUUAUGCAUGAUACUAAGAAAACGAAUGUGUCGCCAGUGGGUGCAGUUCACAUUCAGACAGCUACUAAAGUCCAAUGUGCACCAUCUGGAGAAAUAGUAACUUCAUCCAAAAUAAUACGACCAAAAACAAAUGUAAUAGCAGUAACUGCUUUACCUCUCGUUGAUACUCAACUUGAAAUGCCCUCAUGCAGUAACGUUAUUCAGAGAAAAUCUCCCAUGGAAAAGGAAAUUAAGAAUGAGAAUGAACCUGAUCCGGCAAGCAAUGCUGACAAUAAUAAACUUGACAAAACCGAAGUUAUGGCAGUGGUUGAAUGUAAAGAAGAAACUGAUGGAAAGGAUGAAGGCAACGUUGAAGAGGAUGUUAUGCCUGUUAAACAAAUGAAGAUUGAAAAUACUGAUGAAGAUAAGAAAACUGAAAUGGAUGUUCCUCUCAAUAAAAAGAAACCAAGCAACGAUUUAGAUUCAUCACGUGAUAGCGGAAGGCUGCAAAUAGUUACCUCUCACAGCGGUGAAAGCUCAGCAGAUGUUAAGAAAUCGGAGCUUUUGAACUCUAUAUCUAUAGAAAUUGUGAAACCAAUGGAUUCUCUGAAUGCAAUAUCGACAGAAACUCCAAAGCCAGUGAAUCUGGCUAUUGCAAGCCAGUCUGUAUCAUCUGUUACAGAUACAGAAAUACCUGCUACAAUGGCAGUGACUGUGAACGCUGAUAGUGUAGCAGUUAGAGAAGUUCCAAAUACAGUUGUUACAAAGAGAUAUGGCCCAUCUGUUACAGUUCUGAAAGUAGAAUCCAGUGGUGCACAGUUCAGUCGAUCUUAUCGCCCCAUCUCUCCAGAGGCAAUUUUCAGCUUCUAA